AAGAAACGAUAUAAGACAAUAUUCAAGUUCUCAUUAUCGAGUCGCAGCCCAAGCGUCUUCAAGAAACCUAAAUGUGAAAAAUCAAUUAAGUGAAAGUUUUUGUUGUAUAAAAACCUGUUUAAUCGGGUAACACAAUGUCUGUGAUAGGAGAGCCAAACUUUGCCUCAUGGGCAGCCCAACGUGCCGCGGGCUUUGGUGGUAAUCUUACUGUCGUGGACAAGGUGCCACCUGAAAUGCUUCAUAUGGUAGAUGCUUACUGGUACCAGUAUGCGCCCUUAAAUCCCUUGUGGCAUGGGAUUUUAGGUUUUAUGAUUGGUGUGUUGGGCUUCAUCUCCAUUAUAGGAAAUGGCAUGGUGAUUUAUAUCUUUACAGGAACAAAGGCACUAAGAACACCCUCCAAUUUAUUAGUGGUUAAUCUGGCUUUUUCAGAUUUUCUUAUGAUGGUAACCAUGUCACCUCCUAUGGUCAUUAAUUGUUACUAUGAAACUUGGGUUUUAGGUCCUUUCUUCUGUGAGCUCUAUGGAAUGUUCGGCUCUCUUUUUGGGUGCGGUUCUAUCUGGUCCAUGGUCUUUAUCGCUAUGGAUCGAUAUAAUGUCAUCGUAAAGGGACUUAGUGCUACGCCCUUAACAAAAAAAACUGCAAUGCUUAGAAUCUUGUUGAUUUGGGUGAUGGCUAUUGGAUGGACCAUUGCACCUCUCUUCGGAUGGAACAGAUAUGUCCCUGAGGGAAAUAUGACUGCUUGUGGAACCGAUUAUUUGUCAAAGGAUAUACUCAGCGUCAGUUACAUCAUAGUCUAUGCUUCUUUUGUAUACCUCUUGCCACUAUUGCUAAUUAUUUAUUCUUACUGGUUUAUUGUUCAGGCUGUUGCUGCCCAUGAAAAAUCGAUGAGAGAACAGGCAAAGAAAAUGAACGUGGCGUCACUACGAUCUUCUGAGGCCGCACAAACUAGCGCAGAAUGUAAAUUAGCCAAAAUAGCCUUGAUGACUAUUUCAUUAUGGUUCAUGGCCUGGACUCCGUAUUUGGUCACCAACUUUUCAGGAAUUUUUGGCAACUCCAAGAUUACACCUCUGGCCACUAUUUGGUGUUCGCUUUUCGCUAAAGCUAAUGCUGUGUACAAUCCUAUUGUCUAUGGUAUAAGUCAUCCGAAAUACCGGCAAGCUCUACAAAAGAAGUUCCCCUCAUUGGUUUGUGCGGGCAGUAGCCCGGACGACACAACAUCUCAGGCUUCAGGAGUAACGAAUGUGACAGAAGAUAAAUCGGCUGCGUAAAAUAUUAUUUGAUCAUUUUUUUAAAAAUAAACCCUGCUGUAACUUC